UUUGUAAGCGAACCCAAAAGUCACCUACUGGAGGCAUCUGGCGAUGUGGCUCUGUAUGCUGGCAUAGUGGUGGCCAUCUUUGUCUUCAUUGUUAUCUUGAUGGCUGUUGGGCUGGUUGUGUAUAGGCGAAACUGCCGGGACUUCGACACUGACAUAACGGACUCCUCUGCUGCACUGACAGGAGGGUUCCACCCAGUUAAUUUCAAAACUUCCAGACAUGAUACCCCCCAGUUGCUCCAUCCUUCAGUGCAACCUGAUCUAACUGCCAAUGCAGGUGUCUAUCGUGGUCCUAUGUAUGCCUUGCAAGAUUCCUCUGACAAGAUCCCCAUGACCAACUCUCCAUUGCUUGAUCCACUCCCUAAUCUCAAGAUCAAAGUGUAUAAUUCCUCCACAGCAUCAUCCUCUUCUGGGAUGCAUGAAGGGGCAGACUUGUUAGGAGCCAUGCCCCCAGGCCCCUUCCAAGGAGACGGCCACCGGGACAAUCAUUUCAUGAAUCUAAGGAACAAGGGUAUGGGCUCUCAGCAGCUUCUGACUCUGCCUCGAGAUCCUGGGAAUAGUGCCACAGGGACAUUUGGCUGCCUGGGAGGAAGGCUCAUCAUCCCUGGCACAGGUGUGAGUCUGUUGGUGCCACAUGGAGCGAUUCCUCAGGGGAAGUUCUAUGAAAUGUAUCUGAUGAUCAACAAAGCAGAAAACACUCUCUUACCCUCUGAAGGCACACAGACAGUGCUGAGUCCCAGAGUGACCUGUGGUCCUACAGGGCUGCUCCUAUGCCGCCCAGUCAUCUUGACUGUUCCACACUGUGCAGAUGUCACUUCCCCAGACUGGAUGUUGCAGUUGAAAACCCAGUCCCACCAAGGACACUGGGAGGAAGUUGUGACCCUGGAUGAAGAGACUUUAAACACACCCUGUUACUGCCAGUUGGAACCCAAGUGCUGCCAUAUCCUGCUAGACCAGCUUGGAACGUAUGUCCUUGUGGGGGAAUCCUAUUCUAGGUCAGCCAUCAAGAGAUUGCAGCUUGCCAUCUUUGCUCCCACCCUCUGUACCUCAUUGGAAUACAAUCUCAAAGUCUAUUGCCUGGAGGACACACCUGAUGCUUUAAAGGAUGUGCUUGAAUUAGAAAGGACUCUUGGUGGCUAUCUGUUAGAAGAGCCUAAGCCUCUACUAUUUAAGGACAGUUAUCACAACUUGCGCCUCUCAGUUCAUGACAUCCCUCAUUCACUUUGGAGGAGCAAACUCCUGGCCAAAUAUCAGGAAAUCCCAUUCUAUCACAUUUGGAGUGGCAGUCAACGGGCACUGCACUGCACCUUCAGUCUUGAGAGAUACAGCCCAGCUUCUACAGAACUCACCUGCAAAAUCUGUGUUCGGCAAGUUGAAGGAGAAGGGCAGAUAUUUCAGUUACACAUUACACUUGGAGAGAACUCCAGCUCCGUUGAUGCCUUCCGCUCCUACCUUGGCAGUGCCCUGACAACCCAGCUGGGACCACAUGCCUUCAAGAUUCCUCUGUCCAUACGGCAGAAAAUCUGCAACAGUCUUGAUGCUCCCAAUUCCAGAGGGAAUGAUUGGCGGCUCCUUGCUCAAAAGCUUUCCAUGGAUCGGUACCUAAAUUUCUUUGCCACCAAAGCCAGCCCAACAGGGGUGAUCUUGGACUUAUGGGAAGCUCAACACCAAGACGAUGGGGAUCUUAACACUCUGGCCAGUGCCUUGGAAGAGAUGGGCAAGAGUGAGAUGCUGGUUGUCAUGGCAACAGAGGGAGAGUGCUGAUGCAGCUGUUGAAGACUUCCAGCCACAUGGAGGAUAGAGUAAGAGAGGGACAGGAAAAAAAAAACUUAAGGAGGAAAAAGCUCUUUUGAACCAAUGGGAAACAGUUGCAAAGAAGGAGCAGAGCCACAGUGCUGAAGGAUUCAACUCAGGUUUCUUCUCCUUCUCGUACUCCUCCCUCCUAAAAUCACAAUCAGCCUUAGAAAUACCCACAUUACGGAGUUUACAAGCAAUCCAAGUGUUAAAGACUCCUUCCUCCUACUCCUCACAGCCUUUGGAUUGCAGCUUGGAGGCAAUGCAUCAUUGCUGAUGGUGACCACAGCCCCAGGCAGCAAGUGGCUUCUCCGAGUCUCUGUUGUCUCUGGGUGGCUUAUUAUGAGGGCUGCUGGAAUCUGGGCUGUUUUUUGUUUGGUUGUUUGUUUAUCUCUUCUUGACCUUCUCUUUUCCCAUUCCCUACUUUGUUCUUAUUUCUUCUUUUCUGGCAUUUGUGCUUUGAAGAGUUGAGUACAAUUUAGUAAAGACAACUUCUGUCAGAAGCUUCAGACAGCUUAAAAUACACACACAUACAAGGGAAAAAAUGGAAAUCCGUUUCUUAGGAAACACAAGUAAAUGUAUUAUCCAGAUCUUUGGAUGCAUCCUUUUUUAAAAAUAUAUAAAUAUAUAUUAAGAAUCUUUCAUGUAUAUGAGAGCAAGAGCAUCUUGGCACUCAGAGAGAGAGAGAAAGAGAGAGAGAGAGACUUCUAGUGGUAAACUUUAAAAAAGGUCAAUAUAUGUAAUCAUCUCUGAAGCUUGGUGAGGUAGAACUGCUGAUAGGAUUAGAGAAAAAUGAGGGUCUAAAAGGACAAAGUGUCCUUUUUUACAUGGUGUUUGAUUUUUUUUAUUAUAGUUUACCAUAGUAACAAGAUUGCCAGAGUGUGGGAACAGGGCUAACAAUCUGUUCAUAGCAUAACAAACUGACUUCUGAAAAUGCCGCUGCAAUGUGGGACCAGUUUCCUAGAAGUAAAAGCAUGUAGGAAUGGGACAUUUUGAAGUAAACAGAUUUGGAAAAUUUCUUGGAGCUUUCUGGAAAGACCAACACAUUUUGUAGUCUUCCCAGCCCUUGAAACAAGUGUAGUCUUAUUUCGAUGAAGUCUCGACUGACUGAAUGACUGCUUUGUAGUGUUUAUUUUUCUCUGAGUUCAGUUCCUUUGGUGGUCCUACUGAAAUAACACUCUGGCUAGUAUCAAAAUAGCUCCAUUAAGUUUGUCUAAAGAAGUUUGACAUUUUAUGGGCUUACAGCAUCCAUUCCAUAUGGGGAGUUAAAAUUCAAUUGUCCCUGAUAUACAGGUAUAGCCUACAAAUAUGGCUCUCUAAGCUGUGCUCUGAAGCUCUUUUUAAUUAUAGCUAUGUCAGAACAGAACUGUAGAAGCCUUGAAGCUGAAGGUAUUUCUGCAAUCUUGUGUCUGAAUGAUGUGGGGCAAACUGAGCUAUUUAAAGAAGACUCUCCUAACACAUUCCAACCCAAUGUCUAUUUGGGAAUAUGCUCCCAUAGAAAGCUGAUGCAGCUCGAAUGGUCAUGUACAAACCAGCUAGAAUGGCAUGGAUAGAACAUGUGCAAAAGGGGCAGAAGAUAAAGUUAGCCAUUUAAAUGAAAGCUCUUUGGAAUCCAUAUUAAUAUUGCUAACAUAUUUUGGAUAUUUGAGACAAAUUGUAGAACUCAGUUAAUUUGAACUUUGAGGCAGAAUCUUAACAUUAUCCCAGACAUGCAUUUCCUCUUCUGUUGUUAUUAUGUUUGCUGACUGAAGGAAUUGCAAAUAUUCCAAAUAACCUUCCUUUGUAUCAUGUGAAGCUAACGCUUUUAGGAUUAUUUUUUAUGUGACUUUACCCUGUAUUGAGAUAUGUUGAGGUAUGAAGUAAUGAUGCUAGUGUAUUUUAGUUGCUGAAGGAAUAUCGAUUCAGUGGCAAAUGUGUGUGAAGUUCAUUCCCAGUAGCUAAAGUUAACCGUGAUGCUCCUUUAGAAGGGUGUUAGGUUUUAGCCCCUGAAGUAAAUGAUAAGAGCACUGAGGAAUCGAAGCAAAAGUGUCUCCUGUAUUGCUUUUUAUCAGGGUCAAUCAUAUGCCUCUGAAAAGGCCAUCAGUAGGAUGCAAGUAAAACAGCCCCUCAUUUGCUUUUUUCCCCAGUCCUUGUUAUUGAGAGAUGAUCCUCUGACCCAGAACACAGUAUAUGGGAAGCAUGGCUACUAGUCCCUGGUGUCCACUAAUUCUGGCCAUUUCCCCACUAGUGAUUUAAAGUGUCUUCAUAGCAUCACCCAGCCAUAACUGAAAUGAUGUAAAGCAUGUCUUCAUGACUAUUAUUUUGGCACAACAAUGGUUGGAUGAUUCUAGAAAAUGCUACAAGAUCGUCAUGGGGAAAUUACUUCGAUCUACACGGAACAGUGUGUCCAUGAUGUAAAGCACAGAGGUUUGGUUCCUCAACUUCUCAUAUUUAAAAGUAUUGAUUAUUGAACUACACAUGUAUGCAGUAGUGGCAUUGGGUAAAUAAGAGGGUAGUGCAUCUCAAGCCCCUUAACGGAAGAGCAUGAUCAAGGAAACGAGAAUCACAAACUUCUUUUAAUUGAGUUUUCAAGCCAAGGGGCUACCAUACAGAAUCUUGAGAACUGAGAUACAAGCCAUCCAAGUCCUCCCUUAUUAAUGAGUUCAUGAAGAAGAGGAGGGGGAGGAUAUUUUCUGAAGCUUUUGGAUUUCUUUAUCCCAGGCCAUCUGCAUAACAGGCUAAGGAUACAUUUCUUUGAUAAGCCCGUAAUGAUCUCUCCCACUGCUGAUUGUUCAUGUCUAAAGAUACUUCUCCUUCUCUCUCAGCCUCAGCAUAGUCUCUCACAGGAGCCUUUCCUUUUUGUAUGUGUACUUCCUUGGGCCAGCUUCUUUCUCUCUCUCUCUCUCUUCUAUAAUGGAUUCCAGGACAUGCUGCAAACAGCUGCUUGUCUCUUUCCUCCUUCCCAGAUCUAUCCCAGAAGUGCACUUUAUUUCUAGCUUGCUUUGCAGAAAAGUUAGUAUCCACUAUUUAAAAGUGGCUGAAAUCUCACAAGGACACCACACCUCCUGAGAGUUCCGUGUUCUCACAUCAUGAGAUUUUUAGCCUUUUCAUGGAUGAUCUCACAAGAUCUUGAGGUGAGAUUGCUGAAAUCUCAUAAGAUUUUGGCCAUCUUCAGAAUUUAUAUUGGAACAGUGCCAGGAGCCCUGAAAAGGUAGCUGAACCCUAGAAGAGAGAUUGCAAGCGAUGUUCUUGACCUUUUCUCAAGCAGCAUUUAUAUCACAAGUAGGCAAAAUUGUAUGUUAUUUCAAGUGGGACACUUCUGCUUUUCCUCAUGGGUAGAUUUGCUAACCAGAAGCUCUACCUCCUCAUAUAAAUGUGCAAAGGGAAGACAGCAGCAGGCUGCUGGAAAUUCAAUUCUUUAAACCUUCUUAGAGCCUGAACAUGUACACAAAAUGUGCAGAGAGUGGUUCCCAAAUAAAUUAGAGUCCCCCCAAAGAAACACAAUGUAUUAAGGCAACGCAAAGCAUUCAGAAGGGACACUUUGCAAAGCAUGUUAGUAAAGGUCAGGUACCCCUCCUAGAAGUAACACAGAGUCCUAUUGCUGGAUUGAAGGCUGUCUGUGCGUGGGUGCACACGUACAAGCGUUUCAUUUUGUGGGUGAUUUCAGCAGAAUGUUUUGUACUGCCCUACAGCAUGUCCUGAGAAUCUUGGCAUUUAUGUUGUUCUAGUCCCCAUGAUUUCUGAAUAAAAAUAUUACAUUGCAGGAAAAAAAUACAGUGGCCACCAAUUGAGAUAUUGUCUAUAUUAAUGAAAACAUACACAAUUAGAUUGUUAAGCAUAGUCAUACUUACUUUUAUUAGUACUUAAGGAGUGUGCUUAACCCUUUCUGGGCAGAAUCUCCCCAGUGGCCAGAAAUGAUUAAUUGUAUGUGUGAAAAACUUGCUAGGUGCACACUUUGAAGGCAUUGCUUCUGAAAUAUUCAAGCCAGCUGUAGCUAUCCAGUCUAUGAGAUAUUUACAGUGUUGACCUCACUACUCCUGUCUGGCACUCUCAAGAUUACUAGUUCUGUGUUGGUCCUGGAGACUGAAGGAAACCUAAGUAAAUGGAAGCUCUUAGCAAAUGAGCUAUUCAAUUUUCUUUUCUUUCAGAAUAACAAAUUUUGCAAAAUGAGCCCUGGAAGUUUUACAUUCUGAACAAAGCAAGCAUAGUUGUUCCAUUCUUUGUGUUUCUUUCAGAACCAAGAGCUCUAAAGGAGAUGCAUAGCCUCUCCUACACGCAAGAAUGGUCACCUUCAAAGCCUGCAAAUUUAUGAGUGUGCAUUCUUUGACUCCAGUACAUCUGCUUUCUCCAUAGAAAAGCAGUGUGCAAUAAGCCCCAAAUACACAUACCCUCAUUCAAUCUAAGGGUAUACAUGCAGAGUACAAGUUAGACCAUAAAUUGUGCUGGCCUGAAUUUCACUGAAAUCCAUGGAGGAAAAGAAUGUAACUGUUUUUCCAACAUUUCCAAGACAUACAUUUCUUUUAAUUGACUCAAUUUCCUGGUUUUGAAGAACUGUAUGAUUCUAAGGCAAAGAACAUUUUAUAGAUAAGGAAAAUUUACAUGGUGACUGUUUCAAGAGGGCUUGGAUUAUCACCAACAAGAGAUCAACGAGAAAGUUUCUUAGUGCAAGGCACCAGUUUCCAUUUAAAUAGAUUUUUUUUUUAACACCCCAUCACUGGUGAUCUAACUGGAAAGAUUUUGCAAAUUCCAGGGCAGAAAGAGUGGGAAAUGUUUGAGAUAAUAAACUAAACUGUUCAGUUUUCUUUUUAGAGUCAGGAGUAAGGCCCAAUCAUUUCAGAUGAAGGUCAAUUUACUGAGGUUACAGGAUUGCUCAAUAAAUAUUCCUAAUAUGUACUCCUUUGGGGAAAAAAAUAGAAAAUAUUAAGAGUCUUCAGUUCCUACACUUUUCCUUCCUAGUUCUCAAGUCUGGAAUAAAAAAAAAAAAAAAGAGCAGGGGAACUUAUGUGCUGUUAAUAGUCAUGCUAGAACUAUGUUUGGGUGAAUCAGUUCUAGUAUGUAUGUAUAUCAUUGGUUCACAAUACACACCAAGGCAUGGUUCAGUUAAUCAUAAUUCAUUCAACAAACUACAGCAACUGGGUUCACACAACACACUAAGCCCCCCCCCAUCAAAAAAAUCCAAAUCACAUGUCUUAUUAUGUAAACCAGGACUAACUGUGUAUGUGUGUCAUUUUGGAUAUACUAACUGCGUAGUGGAGAGUGUUUCCAAACAGUCUAGCUACACUUGUUCUACUCAGAGCUAAUAUUGGUGUUAUGGUCAUUUUUUUUUCAGUUGUUAAUGCUUUGCAGUGCCUUAUAUAUAGAUUUUAUAUUGCAGAUGUUCUAUUACAUAUUUUUUUUAAAGAAAUAUCCAUGAAUAAUACAAAUGAUGGUCUUGCAAUAGUUCUGGUAUUAAGUGUAUGCCAACUCCACUUAGGGUGGAAAAAGAAAUGCAGCACAUUUUAAUUUCCCGUGUGGUGAUCCCACAGUUGUCUAAAACAUCUGUAAAAAGCCUCAUGCAAAGGAGUCCUCGGCUUCAAUGGUUCUUCACACUUCUUUCCUUCAGGUUUCUAGCCCUGAUGAUCACAGGGAGGAACCAAAGGCAGCAACUGCUAAAGGAUCAGGAAUUAUUUCCUAUUUGGAUAUCUGCUCUGGGGAUUUGGAAACAGGCAUAGAUGAGAGGGGAGCUGAACAUAGACCUCUGUUGAUAAAUACAUCCAGUAUUUUUUUGCCUAUCAUAUUUUCCAGAUCUUCCCAGCAGAAGAAUCUAGCAGAAAGAUAUUGUUGAGAAAUAUGAAAAGGAUAACUCCAGCAGUAAAACUCUAAUGCAAAUGCAUGUGUAUUACUUUUAAUUAAAACAACAACAACAAUUUGCAAUAGCCUUUGCUGUUGCGAGAACUACGUAGUUGCAGGGUAUUUUCUUAUAGCCGCUACCUCUUCAAAUAUUGUCCUCUUCUGCCAGCGUAGUAUGGAGCAGUGUUGCUCCAAAUGCUGAUAAUGUUCUUAAUACUUCUCCCUUUUCACAAGUGCUGCUUUGUAAGCAAUAACUUUAAGCAAUGGCAUGAUGUAGCAGGUUUUGUACCAGGAAGGUGUUAGAGCCUCAGUGACGAUCCCUUAAAUCAAGGAUGGUGGAACCUGUGACCAAGUCCUAUGCUGUUUUCUUCCAGUUCCCAUAAACUCUAUCCAAUAGAGACCCUGGUCAGAGUUACAGGAGUUGGAGUAAAACAACAUCGGAACAGCCAUGAGUUCUCCACCUUCCCCUAAGCCUAACUUCCCAAACCUGGUACCCUCCUAAUUAUUGGGCUUUUGAGUCCAGAAUUCCAGCUUGAAUGGCAAGCUGGAGAAGACUGUCAAAAGCUACACAUGCUAUUUGUGCAAGAUGAACUCUAGGACAAAAGGGGGAAGAGAUCCUCACUCUCAGGGAGCAGAAUUGUUACUAGAGAUUAUGUCUUUAUUUGAUAGCUUGGUAACCAAUUGAUCCUCAGGAUGUCUCAUUCAUUUAUUUGAUCCAUGCCCCCAAAAGAUGUUGAAAGCCAGUUAAAAACUAAGGUUCGUGGUACAACAGCAACAUUGCACAGAGAGACUUCUGAUUUAGAACUGUUUCUGAUUAUGCAAUAUCCAGCAAUAUUGAUUAGAGAUCCUUUAUUACAGCAAAAUGAUACAGUUCAACUAUUAGUUCAGAAAAUACAUUUUUGUAUCUGAAGAGUCUAGAUAUUUACGCAAAAGGAAUAAAAACAGGUAGGGGUGGGAUGAAGCAUCAGUGCGGAUGGAGUAAUUGCAAUCAUUAAAUGCUGCAAAUUGAAGACCUAUUUUUACAGUGCAAGCUUUCUUCUAAGGCUGCAUAAAGCUUUGAUUUAGAGAUUCAGUUCAAAAGAGAUUGGAUUGACCUCCAAAUCAGAUCUGAAAAUUGAAUCAAAACACCUGAAUCAAAAAAUCCUCAUUGUUGAUUCAAAAGGGCUUUUGAGUCUGUGAACCGACUCGGUUUUACAAAUCCGUUUGAAUUGUUGAAUCAGAUUGAAUCGACAAUCCCAAUGAAAUCAGUGAUUUGAAUUGGAGUGAAGCAAUCUAGAGUGUUCUUACUUUCUUCACCUGUUCUUGGCCUCAGACAGAAAAUAAUAUCUGCAAUGUUUGCAGCCCUGCUGUCUAGUCUUUAAGGGUGUGUUUUGAACUUGUGCCAUUCGUAAAGUGUAGAAGCACAGAACUUCACGAUCCAGACUGUGUAUUUCUUCAACUACUUUAUGCAAAAACAACUUUCCCGUUGCAGCUUGUGAAUCUUAAAGAGUAUGGGAAACUAUAUCAAGAGAAAUCAAGUCAGUAUUUGAAGUUUCUUUUAACCCAUCUGAUACUGGGUACUUUAAAAUGUGUGUCCUGUAUAUUCAUUAGUGGGUCAUAAUUUCUUGUUUUUUCUAAGGCAAAUAUCAGGGAUCUACAUAUGCAAUAUCUAGAUCUGGGUAAAUGUCCAGAUUUUUGGAACCAAAAGAUAAACUGUGUUUUUCUUAAUUGCCUCUGAACUUUUUUAAGUGACGUAAUCUGAGUGCCUCUUUCCUGUGUUCAGCAGUAAAACAAAACCAUUUUCUGUUAAAGAUAAAUAUUAUAGUCAUUUAACCACAAGGUAUUUGGGGGGGGGGGGGACUGCAGGCAUUUCCUUCCUCUGUAGCAGCAGGUGGGGAGCAGUGUGUUGUUUUCUGUUUUGUUUAGUUUUUCUGUAGCAUUUCCAGCUAGUGGGGGAAAAGAGAUUGAUCCCAUUCUCAGUAUAAUGCAUAAAAGAAAUCCCACUUCCUGUGCUUAGAACCUUGUUAUAUUUCCUUGCUUUUAAUCUAAUUUCCUAUUAUUGCUAAAUAUUUGAAUGAAGAUGGGGCAGUAAGAGGGAAAGUAUUAGAAACUGACAUGGAUUUAAAACAAGAGGCUGGUCUGUAAACGGUGAUCUCUUUGGGCAAAGAAUUAUUUAUUUUGGGGCUGCGCUGAGCAAACCAGAUUAAGGUAACCUUCCCAACCAAGUGCCCUCCAAGAGUAUUGGAUUACAAUCUCAUAAUCCCCAGCAAACAUACUUGGAAGCAUUUGGGAAAAGCCAGUUUAAGGGAUCAGGUUAGAAGCAUAAAUCGGUGCUUAGGGGAUUUACAGUUGUCCAAGUCACUGGACAUUACCACCUUCCAUUGAAAUAUUACAUCUCCUGCAUUAAUUUUAUGCUACCUAGACUCAGAUUCUAAGGACAAAGUGUCUUAAGUAUAUGCUCCUCUCUCUCUCCCUCUCUGUCUGUCUCUCUGUCUCUCUCUCUGUCUCCCAAAAUUGCUUCUCCCAUUAUUUUGGUCAAGGCCAUAUACAGUACAUCUGGGAACUUUUGACUGGGCCUCAGUACAAUCAUUGGGUUUUUUUUUCAGUUGCAUGAACAAGUCUCUGCAAUCAUCCAGAGGGAAGGUCAUACAAGCUGUUUACAGCUGUUCAUGUCCACUGUAUGGGAAGAACUAGAAGAUUUGACAUUAGAGUCUGUUUAUUGAGGGCCAGUAUGAACAUAGGAUUGCAUUGGCCUGCCAAAGAAAUUCUGAGAGUUCAGUGAAACGUGUGAAGCAACCACAGCAUACCCUCCCAAAGGACUGUAGGGUUUCUGCCUCACUCUUGAACUCAUGUACAUGUGUGUGCACAUUCAUAUGUGUGUGUGUCUUGGCGUCAGAACUAAGAAAUGGGGGUGUGCUUGAGAAAGAGAGAAAUCAGUAUAACAGAUUUAGGCAUGACUGGGUGUGGCAGGGAAAGGAACGGAUAUUAACUGACAGUGAGCAGAGUGCCCCUUCCUCUUUGCUUCUGUUAGUGUAGAACAGUGUUUCUCAGCCUUGGCAACUUGAA